UCUCCUCUCCAUUCUUCCGACAGGGCCGGAUCAAUGGAAACGCACACCCAGCGCUCGGUUUCCUUGGUCAGGAAGGAGAUUAACAGGGCCGUUUGCGGGGUGCAUCCGUCCCCAAUGCAAAGGCACAGGACACCGCCGUCGUUUCGGACGUUUCCCUCAUCUUCGGCCGUGRCCACGCUCCCGUGGUUGAGGAUCGCCUGCAACGCGGCCAUCGACUCCGAAACAUCCUUGGCAGACCGAAAGACCCGCAGGGGGGCRAUCUCGGACGCGAAACAGUCCAUCCGGAGGAGCUUGUCGACGUAGUCGCAAUAUCCGAAAUUGUUCGGCCGCCGCUUUGUCCCGCUCUCCGCGACGGAGGAGUGGUGCUUCAGGGCCCUCGGYGGGGCUUGCUUGCAGCGCCUAGCAGUUUCUUCUCGAACGCACUGGUGGCAGACCAGGCUGUUUCCAUUGCUUCCAGCUCUGCCGCCGCUUUCCAUGAAUUUUCGAAAGAUCUUUUUCUGGAACCGGUGCCUACCAAGCAUUCGUUUGCAGCUGCCACACUGAUGAAGAUCUNGGUGUGAACAUCACUGAGAGUUUAUUAGAAAAGGGCUUUCCCAUCGAAAUUGCCAAAAAAAUCCCCUUUGGCACAAAGUGUAAUUGGGGACCGGGUGCGAGCUUCAAUCUCAUGGCGGUGCUGAUUUAUUUUGUGAGUGGAGCUCUGCUGUGUUGUCUACCUGAUCCCACCCCGGUUUGCGAGGGUAGAAAAGAGUUAGAACAAGAACGGAAGAGUACGAACUUGUCGAGAAGCGUCGGCAGAAACGUUGUAUAAUGAAAUGUAAAGAAACGUGAUUUUCUAACCACCACGUCGCAACUCACCCUUUGAUGGGAUAUGUGAGUACAUCGAUCCAGAACCAUAUGUUUUUUCUCAGGUUGGUGAAGCGCGAACCUAUGAAUGACGAUUUUGUAGAUGAAGCGAUCGAACGAGCUAAGAUAAAAUCAUCUUGCUUAU